AAUGAGAAGUCGGGGACCGGCAGCAUGCUGUCAAAGAAAACUGUCUUAGCAGCGCUGAUAUUGCAUGAUGGAUUGAAGUUGAAUUGCAUCUUGUUUCUAAGAAGAACCACAUGAACUUAUGGUCUUAUUAAUGAGUUAUCAGUGCUCUGUAUAGUCUAUCGUUCCAAGACUUGUGACGAAUCAGCCAUGUCACUGCAUGAGCCAGAUCUGGGCAAUAUGUCAGUGGCCAUCAUUGGCUCCAACACCACCAACAGCACGACGUUCUACCAGCUGCAGGUGUCGAUCGACUCUCACCAGUGGGUGGUCGAGCACCGCUACUCGAAUUUCGCCGAGCUCAACUCGCAGCUGGUCGGCGACAAGCUGAUCCCCGUCGACCUUCUGCCCGGGAAGAAACUGAUCGGCAGCCGCGAGCCGGCGUUCGUCGACCGGCGCCGCCAGGACCUGGAGGCCUACAUCCGCCGCGUGGUGGCGCUGCUUCAGGUCAACCUGCCCGACGUGCUGGCCAGGUUCCUCCAGCUGGAGGUGUACGACGUGGGCUGGAUGCUGCGGCGCCAGGCGUUCCUCUGCUUUGUGCACGAGGGCGCCUACCUGGGCGGCCAGCGGCUGCUGACGCUCUCGCCGAUGGAGGUGCAGGGCCUGACACAGCUGGUGCGCGAGGGGCGCGCCGACUCGUUCUUCCACGAGAGCAAACUGAGCACGCCGCCGUCUCAGGUGGUGGACGUGGCCACGCAGGUGGCCUGUCUGCGUGUGGCCGGCUCGUGGCAGGAGCUGCCGCGCUCCAACAUACGGCCGGCCGCCUACCCGUUCUCGCUGGAGCUGUUCCGCGCGCUGCGCAAGCUGACGCUGCACGAGGUGCCCAUCUCGUCGGUGGCGUCGCUGGCCGAGCUGCGCGGCCAGCUGGUCGAGCUGUCCGUGGUCGGCGGCGCCGUGCGCGAGCUACGCGACGUGCUGCUCUGCGGCGAGGUACACCGGGACGGGCCGCCGUCUGCCGAGCACCAGUGGCCCGCGCUGCUGCACCUCACACUGCGCGACAACGCGGUGCGCGGCGUGGACGAGUCGGCGGCGGCGCUGCUGCCGCGGCUCACCUCGCUCGACCUGUCCACAAACGCCAUCGAGCAGGUGGGCCAUCUGGCGGCGCUGCCGGCGCUACGCCACCUGGACCUCUCCAACAACUGUCUCAGCGAGCUGCCCGACCUGCACACCCGGCUCGGCAACGUCACGCGGCUGCAGCUCUCCCAGAACCGCAUCAGCUCACUGGCGCCGUUCGCGCGCGUCCUCUCGCUGGUGCAGCUAGACCUCAGCUUCAACCAGGUGCGCGACCUGGAGGAGGUGGCCAGCCUGCGCGGCCUGCCCUGCCUGGAGGACCUCAGUCUGGUCGGCAACCCGGUGACGGAUGCCAUCGACUACCGGGCGCGCGCGCUCGAGCGGCUCGGCGAGCGCGCCGCGCACGUGACGCUCGAUAACGAGUCGAGCUCGCAGUCUGAGCUGGACCGGGUGCUGGUGCUGCAGGCGCUGCGCACGGCGCGCGAGGGCGGCCCCGAGUUCCUGCGCCGCGGCUGGCAGGGCCGCGUGGUGACCAUCGUCUGAGCGGCGCCGGAGGGACGCGCGCCUGCCGAGCCGCCGCAGUCGGUACCGCCGCCCCGCGCCGACAGACAGGUCAGUGACCGGCACAGUGACCCUCUGACCGUAGUGGGACCCUAUCGGAUCAGCAGAGGCGUGCCAGGGGAUGACUAAAUGACACCAGAGAACUGACAUGACGGGAACUUGCUCUACCGAAAGCCUCGGUGGCAUCCUGGCUUAAUCGCCACCAACGAUAGCCCCGUAGGACAGAAUCAGGACCCUGCGUUCCGUGGUUACUCGCCGGUUAUUUUACGAUUUUUUAAAUGUAGUGACCAAGCAGGUUGUGCCAAUUCGAACCCAUGCAUUGGAUGUACUCUAGGGCUACGUCUGUUGCCCUGUGCUUUAGCUGCAUUUGUGGCCGAAAUGCUGUUCACGUUUUCUGUGAACUUAGCUGUUAAUGUCAACCUAGGAGCUGCAACCGUUGUUACUGUUAGCGCUCUUACUGUACUUACACCAAUGUCUGACAUCAUUGCUGUUGUGUUGGCGCUGAAACUGUAUUUGCAUUCGAUACUUCAUACUCCACCGUUGCGACACUACGCUAUACUUGUUACCACAAUAUGCCAGCGCGUUGCGUUUGUAUGUAAUGUAUUGACAUCGGCACCAUUGGAUUAUAAGAGUUAUCCGCCGACACUGCUGGACCGGUCCGGCCUCUGUCGCUGGGCCCUCGGAGAAACACAGCGACAGAGAGAUUGCCUGUGAAACUCAAUCAUACUGAGCUGCUCUCUCGUUAGUGUGUUGUGGCUCGCGCUGUUCCAUUUAUCGAGUGUGCUGUGUGCCUGCCAGAAGCAAUCGUGAUAUGAAUGGUAACUUGCAUUUUCAGUGUGUGCGUCUUUCAUUCUAUGAGCAUUGUGCAUUCCAGCGGGUCGGUAAAUCUGAUAUUUAUGAACAGCCGCGCUUAUUUGCAAGUAUCUAAUAUAUCGAAAAUGCAACA